GUCAUUGUCGAAAAAUCGCCAAGGGCUCGUGUGGGUAAUCUGGAUAAGAAUAAAUACUUGGUUCCAUCGGAUCUUACUGUGGGGCAGUUCUAUUUUUUGAUUCGCAAACGUAUUUCAUUGAAACCUGAGGAAGCACUCUUCUUUUUUGUUGACAAUACAAUCCCUCCAACUAGUGCAACUAUGAGUGCUCUUUAUGAGGAGCAUCAUGACAAAGAUUUAUUCCUCUACAUUGCGUACAGUGACGAAAAUGCGUGCUCUUACGAUGGUGUCUCGAUAACUUACACAAUCCACGCUUUAUGGAGCUCGGGCCAUGGUGCCAGAUAUGGUGACUUGAAAAAUCCUCUAAUUCUUGGCCACCUUAAAUUGCACCAGGUUUCGGCAAUUGAUGUUUGCGAAGGGAAGUAUGCUUGA